AUGGCGGCGGGCGAGGCGGCGGGGCGCUACCGGAGCACCAUGAGCAAGAGCAAGGACCCCUCGGGGCUGCUCAUCUCUGUGAUCAGGACUUUGUCUACCAGUGAUGAUGUUGAGGACCGAGAGACCGAGAAGGGCCGUCUGGAAGAAGCUUAUGAGAAAUGUGACCGGGAUUUGGAUGAGCUCAUUGUCCAGCACUACACCGAGCUCACCACUGCCAUCCGCACGUACCAGAGCAUCACAGAGCGCAUCACCAACUCGCGCAACAAGAUCAAACAGGUGAAGGAGAAUCUGCUAUCGUGCAAGAUGCUGCUGCAUUGCAAGCGGGAUGAGUUGCGCAAGCUGUGGAUUGAAGGGAUUGAGCACAAACAUGUCCUGAAUUUGCUGGACGAGAUAGAGAACAUCAAGCAAGUGCCUCAGAAGCUGGAACAGUGCAUGGCCAGCAAACACUACCUCAACGCAACAGACAUGCUGGUGUCAGCGGUGGACUCCUUGGAGGGUCCCCUUCUUCAGGUGGAGGGACUGAGUGAUCUGAGACUGGAGCUCCACAGUAAGAAGAUGAACAUGCACUUAGUCCUGAUAGAUGAAUUACACCGUCAUCUUUACAUCAAAUCUACUAACCGCGUUGGACAACGCAACAAGGAGAAAGGGAGAAUAAGUUCACUUGUGAAAGAUGCCUCUCCUGUACCUCUUAUGGAUGUUACUAACUUGUCUACACCUCGAAAGUUCCUUGAAACUUCCCAAUUCAGUACUCCAGGAAGCUCCAGCAUGCGAGAAACAAGCCUUCUGGAAAUUAAAGAAGAUAUGGAACUGGAUCCAGAGGAGAACAGCACUGUCUUCAUGGGCAUACUCAUUAAAGGGCUGGCCAAGCUGAAAAAAAUCCCUGAAACGGUGAAAGCCAUCCAGGAGCGCUUAGAACAAGAACUCAAGCAGAUUGUUAAGCGGUCCACAACCCAGGUGGCGGACAAUGGUUACCAGAGAGGGGAGAAUCUGUCCCAGGAAAAUCAGCCUAGGUUACUGCUGGAACUGCUAGAGCUUCUCUUUGACAAGUUCAACGCUGUGGCUGCUGCGCACUCUGUUGUCCUUGGACACCUUCAGCAAACAGUGGCCUCUCCUUGCAGCCAGUACGAUGGUGAUAUCAAGCUGUAUGACAUGGUUGAUGUGUGGGUGAAGAUCCAAGAUGUCUUGCAGAUGUUGCUGACAGAGUAUCUGGAUAUGAAGAACACCCGCACUGCCUCCGAGCCGUCUGCCCAGCUUAGCUACGCCAGCUCUGGGAGAGAAUUCGCAGCGUUCUUUGCAAAGAAGAAGCCACAGAGACCUAAAAACCCGUUGUUCAAGUUUGAGUCCUCCUCCCACGCUAUUAGCAUGAGUGCCUAUUUGCGUGAGCAGAGAAGGGAACUGUACAGCAGAAGUGGAGAACUUCAAGGGGGACCAGAUGAUAACUUAAUUGAAGGUGGCGGAUCCAAGUUUGUCUGCAAACCAGGAGCCAGAAACAUUACCAUCAUCUUUCAUCCCCUCCUCAGAUUUAUCCAGGAGAUAGAGCACGCCAUGGAGCUUGGCCCAACCAAGCAGUGUCCGCUCCGCGAGUUCCUCACUAUGUACAUCAAGAACAUCUUCCUCAAUCAGGUCCUGGCUGAGAUCAAUAAAGAGAUUGAAGGCGUCACGAAGGCAUCUGAUCCCUUGAAAAUACUGGCUAAUGCAGAUACCAUGAAGAUCCUAGGUGUGCAGCGGCCUCUUCUGCAGAGCACGGUAAUUGUGGAGAAGACUGUUCAAGACCUGAUGAACCUGAUGCACGACUUGAGCGCCUAUUCGGAUCAGUUCCUCAACAUGGUGUGUGUGAAACUCCAGGAGUACAAGGACACCUGCACCCUUGCCUACAGGAGCAUCGUGCAGUCGGAUGAAAAGCUGGUGAUCAGCGCAUCCUGGGCUAAAGAUGAUGAUAUUAGCAGGCUCCUGAAAUCUCUGCCCAACUGGAGCAACAUGGCUCAGCCCAAGCAGCUGAGACCCAAGAGGGAGGAGGAGGAAGACUUCAUAAGGGCUGCUUUCGGCAAAGAGUCAGAAGUUCUCAUUGGCAACCUGGGAGAUAAACUCAUCCCUCAACAGGAGAUCCUGCGGGAUGUCAGUGACCUGAAGGCCUUGGCCAACAUGCACGAGAGCCUGGAGUGGUUAGCAGGUCGCACCAAGGCAGCCCUCUCCAACCUCUCCACCACUCAGACUGUGUCUCCUGGCCAGGACAGCCAUGCCAGUCUGGAACACCUUCCAGCAUCCGAACAGAUCCUGCAAACCCUGAGUGAGCUGGCCAGGUCUUUUCAAGAGAUGGCUGAUCGCUGCCUGCUGGUUCUGCAUUUGGAAGUCAGAGUUCAUUGCUUCCACUACCUGAUCCCGCUGGCUAAACAAGGGAACUACGCCAUCGUCGCUAACGUGGAGAGUAUGGACUAUGACCCUCUCGUUGUCCGGCUCAACAAGGACAUCAGUGCUAUCGAGGAAGCCAUGAGCGCCAGCCUCCAGCAGCACAAGUUCCAGUACAUCUUCGAAGGUUUGGGCCACCUGAUUUCCUGCAUUCUUAUCAACGGCGCCCACUACUUCAAGCGCAUCAGUGAAUCCGGCAUCAAGAAAAUGUGUAGGAACAUCUUCAUCCUCCAGCAAAACCUGACGAACAUCACCAUGUCCCGUGAGGCUGACCUGGACUUUGCAAGGCAGUAUUAUGAGAUGCUCUACAACACAGCAGAUGAGCUCUUAAACCUCUUGGUGGAUCAAGGGGUGAAGUACACAGAGCUGGAAUACAUCUAUGCCCUGAACUUACUGCACCGGAGCCAGACGGGUGUGGGAGACCAAACCACCCAGAACAUGAGGUUGCAGCGGUUGAAGGAGAUCAUUUGUGAGCAGGCUGCUAUCAAACAGGCCACCAAGGACAAGAAAAUCACCACCGUGUAA